CUUAUUUCAUUUUAUUUUAUUUCAUUUUAUUUUUUUUUAUUUUUUACUUGAUAUAGAAAAUGGCUUUAAGAAGAAUUCAAAAAGAAUUAGCAGAUUUAACAAAGAAUCCACCUAAUGGUGUCAAAGCAACCCCUAUUGACGAAGACCUAUUUCACUGGCAAGGUGAAUUAAGUGGACCUAAAGGGACCCCCUAUCAAGGUGGACGUUUUAAAUUAGACAUAGUUUUCUCUUCUGAUUAUCCUUUUAAACCGCCACAGAUAAAAUUUACUACAAAAAUUUAUCAUCCAAACAUUGAUGAUGAUGGGUCUAUUUGUAUUGAUCUUUUAAAAUCUGACACUUGGAAACCUGCAACCAAAGUAGUUAACGUGUUACAAGCACUUGUUGGUUUAUUGGAAACACCUAAUCCAGAUGAUGCACUUGUUGGCUCUAUUGCGGAAACAUACAAUACAAAUAGAACUAAAUUCAACAAGUUGGCAAAAGAAUAUGUUGAGAAGUACGCUUCAAAUUAAAAUUAAAAAAUUAAAAAAAGCUUACACACACUUAUUAUUUUGUAAAUAAAACGUCAAUCGUUUAUGCCGUCUUUUUUGUUAAAAAUUUAUUGGCUUGAAAUUAAAAUUAUAA